AUUCAAUAAACCGCGGAUGGCGAAUUACACGGUUGAAAAGUGGGGGAAGGGGGAAGGCUGAGUUUUGAGAAGAGAAAAAACAGAAUGGAUUUUCAGUGCUUGAACAGGAGUGUGUGGAAAGAGGCGCUCUCAUCCUAUUCAGCACGCAUAGUCUCUCUCAACAAACCACAACUGGUUUCGCUCGAUGAUUUCUAUUGCAAUCAGCUCCCCGCCCUCAUCCGCCAGCGAAACCCUAAUCCUUACAUCACCACAUCCGAGCUCUCCAAGCUCAUGCAGUGGAAGCUCACCCGUGGCAAAUGGAGGCCGCGUCUAUUGGACUUCGUUUCGUCCUUGGACGAAGCCCUUGUAAAGUCUGCUUCUCAGAAGGCUUUUCAAUCACUUCCUGACAUCUCUAAGGCUAUUUCUGAGCUCACUGUCCUCAAAGGGGUCGGUCCCGCCACUGCGUCCGCCCUUCUCGCUGCUUACGCACCCGAUGUUGCGCCCUUCAUGUCUGAUGAGGCUAUGGUCGCGGCUCUUGGCAACUCCAAAGAUUAUACAUUGAAGCAGUAUCUAGUAUUUGCUGAUAAACUACAGAACAAAGCCAGGGAAUUGAGUGUAGAGGGGGACUCCUACACUCCAUCAGAUGUAGAAAGGGCUUUGUGGAGUUCUGCUGUUGGGACCAAGUUGCUAGAUUCCCUACCAAAUUCAGAACCCAAAGUUAACACAAAGAGAAACUCCAAGAGAAAGAGAAAACAAUGAAUCAAUGACAAACAAUUGACAGCAGUACUUGGAACUUUGCCCUGUAAGUUACAUAUAUCCUUUCUGAUUUGUUUAGGGCCUCAUUAUGCUUGGAUGAUAAUCCAUUAACUCAUGGCCGUGAGUUUGACCCCACCUUCUGGGUUGGAGAUUAUUGUUUUCAGCUUGGGUAAUAAUUUAAACCUUUUUCCCCUCUUUCUUUUGGGUCCUGUAAUGGUCUGAGUCUGAAAAAUCAAUUUCAUGCUUAAUUGUUGUGGUAGCAAAAUGGUAUGGUUUCUUUUCUGUGUA